AUGCCCUGUUCCUCUCCUGUACAGAUUAUCUCCCUUGUUACGGCUUUUUCAGUUGUCCUUCUUCAGUGUGUUAUACCCGGAGAAGCCUACUUUGUAGAUGUCGACACAUACAUCCGCUUCCCAGCAAGCUCCGCCUCUCUGACAGGGGCAGAUAACUUGCUGGAAUUUCAGUUCAGGUUCUGCAAUGAUCGAGGCAUGCUGAUAUACCAAGAAGGGGGAGACAAUUUCUUUGCUCUGGGUGUUAAUUCUGGGAAGAUAUACAUUGAAUGGAAAACAUCUAACAAAGUUGUGGAGCUUGAAAUUGGAAAUGGUGACCUACAACCAGACAUUACAUACACUGUGGAAAUCAUAGGUUUACGUAACAGACAGGUUACCAGGGCAACCAUUAAUGGCCAAGUCGUUCUUGUUAACUAUCUGGUGCAACUGUCACUGGAGCUUGACCUUUCAGGAUUGACAGGUGACAUCUAUGUGGGCGGGUACAGAGAUGUCAGUCAACUGAAGAUUGACACGCAACGACUGGCUGCGUACCUGGUGACUUGUGUUGAUUACAUCACAGUGAAUGGCAGACAGCUGAACUUUACCUUGGCGGAGAGAACUGAUAUUCAGCAAAGUUGUCCUCUAGAUUUUUGUGCUGACCCUACCAUUGUUACCGUGACAACGAGGUCAGCCUAUUUACAGAUGGACCUGCCUCUGGUAACAAGGACCAAUACCAUUAUCAGCUUUAAGUUUAGAACAAGAAACAUCAUUCACGGCAGCUGCUCCACGUCUCAGACAUGUGACCCGUCAUGUCCUGCUCCACAGCAGUCAUGUGACUUAGCAUGUCAGUGUGCUCCAGGAUUUCAACCAAAUAGAACGCAGCCUACUCUUCUCUGCGAGAAUAUCGAUGACUGCUCCCCAGACCCAUGUCAAAAUGGCGGACUGUGUUUUGACGAGAUCUUAGACUACAGAUGCCAGUGUCCUGUUGAAUUCAAUAAAGGGAAAAACUGUACUAUUCCCAACUUUUGCCUUCCAAACCCUUGUUUGAACGGCGCCACCUGUAAUGACCUAUUGACUGGACACACUUGUAGCUGUGCUGCUGGAUUCAGGGGAGACAACUGCGAGAUAGAAAUCAACGAGUGUGAUGCCAACCCUUGCAGGAACUACCUAUCCUGUACGGACCUUAUAGCUGACUUCAGGUGUAAUUGUUUACCUGGAUACACAGGUAAAACCUGUGAAGAAGGCAUUAAUGAAUGUUUACCUGAGCCAUGCCUAAAUGAGGCUACCUGUGUCGACCUCAUCAACAAUUACCGGUGUGUCUGUGUUACAGGAUGGACAGGGGUUAACUGUCAGACAAACAUUAAUGAUUGUGUGGGCGAACGUUGCCUGAACGGUGGGACAUGUGUGGAUGGACUGAAUCAGUUUACCUGUGAAUGUUCACCUGGCUACACCGGCGCCAUCUGUGAAACGGAUAUCAAUGAGUGCGACCUUGGUGUCUGUCAGAACCAUAAUUCCUGUGUGGAUAGAAUUAAUGACUAUUUAUGUCAGUGCUUACCUGGUUGGACAGGUAAAAACUGCACAGGUAACAUUCAGGAAUGCGAGACUCACCAAUGCCAGAAUGGGGCCACCUGUAUUGAUGGAAUCAACACUUACAGCUGUGAGUGUGCACCUGGAUUUACUGGCGCCACAUGUGGAUCCGAAAUCGAUGAGUGUCAGCCUCGGCCGUGUCAAAAUGGUGCCACGUGUAAUGACCUACUCAAUGACUAUAGCUGUGAAUGUACUCCUGAGUGGACAGGAAAGAACUGCACAGAGGAUGUGGAUGAGUGCUCUCCCUUGCCUUGUCAGAACAACGCCACCUGUGUCAACGGCUUUGGGGUCUACUCCUGUCUGUGUGCACCCGGGUUUACAGGAACUGAUUGUGACGUGGACAUCGAUGAAUGCCUGACCACACCAUGUCAAAACGGGGCUUUGUGCAUCAAUGGUCGUAACAGCUACACCUGUGUCUGCGCUGCGGGAUACACAGGUGAGAACUGCACUGUGGAUAUUGACGAGUGUCUACCUGAACCAUGUCAGAAUGGAGGGACAUGUCGCGACCUUUUGGCCAGAUUCAGGUGCGAAUGUGCUCCGGGAUACACUGGGACUACUUGUGAGGAGGACAUUGAUGAGUGCCUGUUAACACCCAUGCCAUGUGAGAAUGGAGGGCAGUGCGAGGAUCUUGUUAAUGAGUACAGGUGUCGAUGUCCUGCUGGAUUCACAGGACUACGAUGUGAUGUGAAUAUUGAUGAGUGCCUGACCCCAACACGUCACAGGUGUCUGAAUGGAGCUACCUGUGUGGACGGAGUUAACGGGUAUAACUGUACGUGUGCACCUGGAUGGGAGGGGCAAUACUGUCAACAGGAGAAAGACGAAUGUGCCUCAAACCCCUGUCAAAAUGGCGGCACUUGUAAUGACCGGUUUAAUGGCUUCACCUGUGACUGUCCGAUCACGUUUACUGGUGUUACCUGUGAGACGGAUGUGGAUGAGUGUGUUAUAUCAAACCCUUGUGUUAAUGCAGGCUCUUGUCAGAACAGCUACGGUGGUUAUCGAUGUGAAUGUCAGUCAGGCUUCGUAGGUAAGAACUGUGAGACAGAUUUUGACGACUGUCUGAGCCAGCCGUGCUAUUUUAAUGGCACAUGUGUGGACCAGCUUAAUGGGUACGACUGUUUGUGUAACAGUGGAUUCAUGGGAGACAACUGUGAAGCAGUCAUUCGCUGGUGUAAAUUUGAGAGUCCGUGCGGAGAACAUGCCGUCUGUGUGGAGAAACCAGCCGGUGGCCACACAUGUUAUUGUAUGCCAGGCUACAUCGGUGAUAUGUGUGGUGAGGAGAUCGAUGAGUGUGCCUCUACACCUUGUCAUCAUGGUGCUAACUGUACAGACCAGGUGAACGGAUACACCUGUACAUGUCCACAAGGUUACACAGGGACAGACUGCGACGUAGAUAUCAACGAGUGUUCCCCUAACCCCUGUCAAAAUGGAGCUACCUGUUCAGAUAUGAUCCCUAACCAGUACCUGUGCAGGUGCUUACCUGGAUACACAGGAGUACAUUGUGAAACUGACAUUAACGAGUGUCAGCCCAACCCUUGCCCCAGCUUCCAGGUGUGUCAGGAUCUGGUCAAUGAGUUCAAGUGUGUUUGCCCAGAGGGUCGGACGGGUGAACGAUGUGAGACAUUUAUCGAUGACUGUCACAGUGCCCCCUGUCACAACGGUGGAACCUGUAUCGAUGAAGGAGACAACUUCCGUUGCUUGUGCGCCUACCCGUGGGCUGGACUUCAGUGUGACAUAGACACAGAUGUCUGCUUUCCAAACCCCUGCCUGCACUUUGGUACCUGUAUUCCUGAUGACUCGUUAGUGGACAGAUUCAGGUGUGCUUGUGCUGACGGGUUUAUAGGCCAGCGUUGCCAGGGCGAUGUGUACGACUGUUUGUCCAACCCGUGUGCAAACGGCGGAACCUGCGUGGAGAACACCGAUGGCCACCCAGGUUUUAAGUGCGACUGCCCGCUCUCCUACACAGGAGACUUGUGUCAGUACAACCGGUCUAACUGCGAACCUAACCCCUGCCAACAUGGCGGAACCUGCUCGCACAACAACAACAACGGAUUUCAGUGUAGCUGUCCAAGCACGUGGGAUGGAGAGCGCUGCGAAGUGGAUGUCAACGAGUGCAUAACGACGAUGCCGUGCAGAAACGGGCAGUGUGUUAACACUAACGGGGGCCAUAUCUGUCUGUGUGGGCCUUUCUGGACCGGUACCUUAUGUGACUCCGACAUAGAAGAGUGUAUGUCUAGUCCGUGUGAGAACAGCGCCACCUGUGUUGAGGUAGUGGGAGGCGCUCCUCAAUGUCUCUGUCCAGCAGGUUACACGGGUUCUACCUGUGAGGUGCGCAUCCAGCGGUGUUCUACAGCAUUGUGUCGUAACGAGGGCACCUGUAUGGAGAAACUGGAGGGUUACAUGUGCUUCUGUCCCCCAGGCUACACAGGGGGUCACUGUGAAGAGGAUGUUGAUGAGUGUGAUGUGUUGCGUCCAUGUCAGAACGGAGCCACCUGUCAGGAUCUGAUCAAUGACUACAGCUGUCAGUGCCCGGCAGGAUGGACGGGGCGUAACUGUACAGUGGAUGUGGUGGAUUGCCCCCAGGGGUACUGCCUCAAUGGAGCACGGUGUGUGGAUGGUCUGAACACUUACAACUGCCAGUGUGUGGCAGGAUACACAGGAACCCGAUGUGAGGUACAAAUAGAUAUGUGCAGUCAGUCCGCCCAGGUGUGUCAGAAUGGGGGUACCUGUGUCAGUCUCGUUGAUACCUUCAGGUGUGACUGUCCUCCCAGCUUCACAGGUGUGAAUUGUGAGACAUAUGUUAAUCCAUGCGUCCCUAACCCCUGUCAGAACUCGGCCGUGUGUGAGAGCUUCCCUGACCAGUACAGGUGUCACUGUCAUACAGGAUACACAGGUCAGAACUGUUCUGUGGACAUCUCAGAGUGUGCGGCACUGCCAUGUCAGAACGGGGGGAACUGCUCCGAACCCCUCCCCGGGGGCUAUGUCUGUGACUGUCCUGACGGAACAGACGGCAUCAACUGCCAGAACAUCAUCACAGCCAGCUUUGAUGGCAACAAUGCCAUUGAUUUGCUCCCUUUGAACAGAAUUUUCAGUCUGCGGAGGAAGAGACAGGCUGAAAGUCAACUGACGAUACAGUUUUCCUUCACAACAACGGUUGUGAAUUCUGGGAUUUUGGUGUUUGCAACAGGAACCAGUGUUGUUGGCAAACCUCAACACUUAAGCUUAGAGCUGGUGGACGGAGAAGUGAAGAUGUCCUUGGAGUUGGGAAGUACGUCGUCAGUGGGAACGUUACGAGUUGUGAGGAGCGCGGCCGGAGUUGUUAGUCAUAUUGUUACCGUCUCCAUUCGAGAAAAUGAUGCCAUCCUGACCCUUGACCCCGUGUCAUGUGAUGUCCUGGAGCUGUGUCAGCUGACUUUGAAUCACACCAAUGGUGUACAGCCUGUCAGUCUGAAUGAGAGGCUCUACGUGGGGGGGAUUCCUACCUUCACUCCGUACAUCCGUAGCAAACUGGACUCACUGGACGGAUUCACAGGUUGUUUGAGUAACCUCACUGUUAAUGGACGGAUGAUCAGUCUUCAGUCCCAGCCUCCUCCAGACAUUUCCGUCUUUCGUCUACGACGAGCCACCACAGCGCCCUCUAUAGGCUGCCAUCGUCACGUGCCCUGCCAGCCAGACAUGUGUCAUAAUGGCGGGACAUGUGUUGACCUUUGGACUCACAAGUUCUGCCGCUGUACCCCAGGGUUUACCGGAGACCUCUGUACCCAGCAGAUCAUGUCACAUUUCACGGGGAAUUCCUUCUACCAUUUUGGCGGAACUGAUGUAAUCACAAGGAUUAAGUUCAACUUCACGGUAUCAGGGUCGUCAGGAGUUUUGCUCUACACGUACAAACCUGACUCGAUGCUGAUCGUGGCGCUAGACCGUGGCCGACUGAAGCUCCACCUAGUGGUGGGGACAAGGAACUACCAGACGGAUGUAGGGGAGAAGCUGGAUGAUGGGGAGUGGUACACUGUACAGGUGCUCCUAGGUGCAGGACAAUACAUACUGGAAGUAUCUGACAGCAAGGGAGGUAACCGUGGGAGGACUGAGGGCAGUGUAGGGGGUGUGCUGGACAUUAGGCUACCUCUUUUUGUGGGUAAACUGCAUGAUCAUCCCACCCUGGACAGAUGGAGAGUGUUGAUACAAUCCCUGCCCACAUUCAACAGCAUCGAGGGUUGUAUCCGUGGGCUAAGCAUCAACACUGUGACCCUUGACCUCUCUGACCACACCCCUUCUAUAUUUGGCAAUGACCCACCCCUCCCAGAAGCCGGAUGUACGCGUGAGAAUGCCUGUCUGAAUUCUCCGUGUGAAAACAACGGUGUGUGUGUCAACAGCUGGGAAGGGCCAUCAUGCGAUUGUGCUCCGGGAUUCUUUGGCUGGAAUUGCUCUGCAGCGUCAUCUGCAACUUUUAAUGGCGAGUCCAGCUUUGCCGCUGUCACUUUGGACCGCAGGAUUUUUCCUUUCGGUGACAGUGGUGCAUUUGAGUUCCGAACACGCCAGCAGACGGCAACAUUGUUGUUGAUACAGCUGUAUAGUACCCAGGGCCGACCCAGUGAUGGCCUGGAAUUCCGGCUGUUUGAGUCCAACCUACAGGCCAGGGUGAUGCUGGCAGGCGAAGAAGUGAUAUACGACUUCAAGCAAUCUCUUUCGGAUGCGUACUGGCACAGGGUGGCCUGGGCAAGGGCAAACACAGAACUGACUGUAUCGGUGAAUGAGACAACAGCUGUUGUCACAGAAGAGUUUGAUCCGUUUUCUUCGAACAACAACAACACAGCCAGCGUUUACAUCGGAGCUAAGCCUUUCCUACCUGGUGACAAUUCCAUCGUUGUUGGUCAUUUUGAUGGUUGCUUACGAGGAGUUAAACUCAAUGACAUCAUACUGCCAUAUUUGGAUGGAGAGGGAUCCAAUCAGAACACAGUGACUCAAAACAUUCGGCCUGGUUGCCAUCCUAAAGAGGUGUGUAAGGAAGAGCCGUGCUCUGUCAAUGAAUACUGUGUGGACCGGUUCAAUAACUACACCUGUCACUGUUUGGAAGGUUGGGAAGGGCAGGGGUGUUCUCAGAGCGUGAACGACUGCGCCAGCGAUAGCUGCCUUAACAACGCCACCUGUGUUGAUGGUCACCUGGCCUUCACGUGCCUGUGUCCUGUCGGCUACACGGGUCCAAUAUGUGCUGCCAUUGUCAACCCAUGUGACUCCAACCCAUGUCACCAAAACAACUUCGUGAUGUGUUCCUUCGUCAUUCCUGCAGAUUUUACGUGCACUUGCAAACCUGGCUGGACGGGAAAAACUUGCGAGGACGACAUUGAUGACUGCGACAACAGCAACUGUCAGAACGGAGGAAGUUGUGUGGACUUGGUGAAUAAAUACAGGUGUGAAUGCCCAGAUGGAUUCUUCGGGAAUCUGUGUGAGAACCGUACUGUUUGCGCCUCGAGUCCGUGUCGCAACAGUGGAACCUGCAUACAAAAUGCAGACAACACAAACUUCACUUGUAAUUGCACUGACCAGUAUUUUGGUCGUCAGUGUCAGAAUUUCAAUACGUGCUUCCCAGAUCCCUGUCAGAACACUGGAGUGUGCACGAUGAGAAAUAAUUCCUACAUCUGCCAGUGUCCACAGGCUCACUACGGUGAUCAGUGCCAGUUUGUUGACGCGUGUCAUCAGAAGCCAUGCGGUAACAACGGAGAAUGUUUGCGCGAAGGGAAUACAUAUGUUUGCCAGUGUGAACCGGCUUUCACGGGGCGCAACUGCAAAACGGUGAUUAGCCCAUGCCAAGGAAAUAAUCGCUGCAACAACAGCGGAACCUGUGUUGCUGAUUCGGCCUCCGACGAUAACUAUAGGUGCUUGUGCCCUCCAGGAUAUACAGGGAAGAACUGCGAGACUGAUUUUAAUGAAUGCACCGCUGAGCCGUGCUUAAGGGGUGGGACUUGCAUUGAAAAACCGCAUAAUCCUCCAGAUGAGUUUUCACCAGGCUACAGGUGUGAGUGUGUGGAUGGAUUCAAGGGAGAUAACUGUGAAAUUCAAAUAGAUGAGUGUGAAACUCUUCCUUGUCAGAACGAAGCUCGUUGCGUGAAUCUGAUUAACGAUUACAGGUGUGAUUGUAACCAAGGCUAUGGAGGGAAGAACUGUGAAUUAGAUCAGCGUGGUUGUAGCUCCGGGCCUUGUUUGAACAGCGCUACGUGUGUUGAUCAUCUUGCUGGCAAUUACAGCUGUCUCUGUGAGAACGGGUUUUCCGGGAUCCGAUGCGAGACAAUCAUUGACAACUGCAACGGCAAUCUUUGUCUCAACGGUGCAACUUGUCGCAAUCUCAUAGGCGACUAUCGGUGUGAGUGCCUCGCAGGCUACACAGGAAAAUACUGCCAGACAAUUUUGGAUGACUGCUACCAGCAGCCGUGUUUGAAUAACGGAGCUUGCUCUUACAGGGGUCUGUGCUCGUGUGAGGAAGUUGUGACGGCCUGUGGUUGGACUGAUAAGGUAUGUCAAAGGUCGCAAUGUUUGGCACGAGCCCCGCGGUGCCAGGUCUAUACCAUGCCUUACACAUGUGACUGUCGCAACACGGGGUACGGUGGCGAAACUUGUGCGGAAGACGUCAACGAAUGUACGAAUACAAGCUCUUGUCUUAACGGUGGAAGGUGUGAAAACACGAUUGGAGGGUUCUCCUGUGACUGUACACAGGGGUACACGGGCAGGUCGUGUGAAGUAGAUGUUAACGAGUGUGACAGACCCGAUACCUGUUUUAACAGAGGUAUUUGCAUUAACAUACCUGGGUCGUACUCAUGCACCUGCCCUGUGGGGUGGACAGGUCCUGAUUGUGGGACGAACAUCAACGAGUGUGAGAGCAACCCCUGUAGGAACGGAGCGCCAUGUUUGGACAGGCAGGGUAACUUCAGCUGUAACUGUACAGGCACAGGGUACUCUGGCCACACCUGUGAGGUGAACAACGACGAGUGUUCGUUAGGUACCCACAGGUGUUCUGAAGGUUCUACCUGUCAGGACACGGAGGGGGGAUACACCUGUGUAUGCUCAGACAGGUUCACAGGUAACCUAUGUGAGACAGAGGUAGUCACACCUGUGGUCCAGGAGCAGGACAACACAACCGCCAUCGUGAUUGCUGUCAUCAUCAUCCUUCUUCUCAUUCUAUUGGUCGCUUUGUAUAUCAUGUGGUACAUUCGUAGAAGCCGACGAAUGAAGGGCAAGUACAAGCCAUCAGAAGUGGAAAAGCACUCCAACCCAGUAAUCCCCCUAGAGCGAAUGCUAGAUACUACCACAGGGGAGCGUCUGAUUUAAUGAACAAAAAGCAAUGAUGUUUGCAAAUGUGUGGUCCCUAUGAAUUAAAGAAAAAUUCACUAUUAUUUUUUUUUAAAUUUAUGAACAUAGUGCCUUAAAUGUUUUAUUAUUGUCGGUAUGUGUGGACAGAAGAUCAUAAAUGGUCUUCACAAGAUGCCUUACAGAUGAUGGAAUUAAUGGACAGGUGAUGACUAUCUGCAGUGCUGUAAUUGAUGAUGAUAUUAGUGGGGGUUAUGAUCUGCAUUGCUAUUAAUGGUGAUGGCAGUGAUGAUCUGCAUUGCUAUUAAUGGUGGUGAUGAUCUGCAUUGCUAUUUAUGCUGAUGACAUUAAUGG